AUGAAUGAAACUGCUAGAGUGAUUGUCUCUGGAACCAGAGGAAUUAAAAAGAAAACGGAGGAAGACUAUCUAAUUACAGCUUAUUUUCGUCUGUCUACCUGGCGCCUGCUUGUUGCUGCACUCCAGCCCUAUCAUCAGCUUAUACCCGUGCCAGGAAGUUGUAUGGACGCCAAGUCUUUAGUUAGUCGCACGACUUCAUCUUCAGACGCAACGCCUUCUAAGAAGCGCAGAGCGGUCAUUGGAGCGAUCACCGAAUCUUCAAUUCCUGAAGCUCAUUUACCACUUGAAGUCUUUGUAUCUGAGAGAAAACGGAGUGGUCCCCCGCUUCUGCUGUGCACGUCAGGAGUUGAAAAUCCAAUUUUGGCCGCACUUGGUGGUACUCCUCGCUCAGAGACAGCAGUAAUUACGGGAUAUACUGAGCCAGAGCCAUUAGAUCUAUCUCAGUGUAGCUCUGCGACGUCUAUGGAAAGCGUGCUCGAGGAAAAGAUCGCGAUAAAUUUGAGUCAUGAGGAUGAAAACAGACGAUAUGUGGAGAUUGAAAAUGCUGAACAUACUAGUCGAAUGAUUGUUAACCAGGAGCAUAAAUCCAUGCGAUUUCGAAAUACGGGACUUGAGACCAAAUACGCGGCUCCUUUUGCUGGAAAGAGGAAACGAGAGGAACGUGAAGAUGGUAGAGCAACAGACUUUGUGGCAUAUGCUAGAGAACAUAUUCAUAGCCAAGAAGCAGGUGAAGAAGGUUUUUCAAUCGAUCCAUCGGAACGGGCAGUGGAACAUCGUGCUAGUAAAGCAGUGCGUCGCGAGAUCUUAAUUGCUUCUCCUGCAGCAAAUGAUGACGAAGAGUGGGAAGUUAACACUUCACUGGAAGUCAAAAUGGAUGAGGUGGAGGUGGUGCUGACUCCGACCGAACACUUUGAUCUGCAACCUAUCGACAUUAUUUUACACGUCUUCUCGUUUUUAGUCACGGCUAAGAAUUUGCAGAAUAUGGCACAAGUAUCAAAAAAAUGGAAGGAACUGACAAGUCGGCGAUCUUUGUACCGAACACUGCCAAGUGUGACUCCAGAAGGAUCAGUUAACUGGAUUAAUUUCAAGAACUUGGGCAUUAAGAAUAAAGGAACUGAGGGAACUUGCAUAAAGUGUUGCCAGCGCUCGACUGGUAAAAUUCUGGCCAUGAAAAAAGCGAGAGUUUUUCCGAAGGGUGAAGGAGUGCCUUAUUACAUGCUUCGAGAAUUAGCUGUGUUAAAGGGAAUCAAGCACGAUCACAUUGCCUCACUUGAACUUAUUAGCCUCGCAAGAGACGAAUUACACGUAUUUUUUCCAUAUGUGGACAAAACACUUCAUGAAAUUAUCAAUCCAACGGGUGACCCAAAUGGCGGGCGAAUGUUACCAGAAGCUGUGAUUCGCAAACUUCUUCACCAACUUUUGGAUGCUAUCGCAUACUGUCAUCGACGUGGAGUUUUGCAUCGCAAUCUUAAACCAAAACAUUUGCUAAUCAAAACGACUGACCCUGAAAAACUUAGUGAUGCAACGUUGCAGAUAUCCGACUUUGCGCUCGUUCGAGCAACAGGAAUUCCCCGUCGAACGUACACAAUGGAAGUGGUGACACUGUGGUAUCGUCCACCUGAAAUUUUAAUGGGAGUGCGUGGAUACUCAUCAGCGGUGGAUAUCUGGUCUGUUGGCUGCAUCUUUGCAGAGAUGGCUCAGGGCAAACCGCUGUUUACAGGCAUUUCAGAGAUUGACCAGCUAUUUCAAAUUUUUAGCAAGCUGUCGACACCCACGUCUGAAACAUGGCCCGGUUUUUCGUCGCUGCCGAACUAUCACUUUGAGUUCCCGCAUUGGAAGCGUCGACCCUUAAAUCGUCUAUUCCCGGGAAUUUCUGAUCAUGGCAUUGAUUUGUUGACGAAGCUGCUUACAUAUAACCCGGACCAGCGAAUUACUGCCGAAGACGCUCUUCGUCAUCCUUAUUUUUCUGAUAGAACAUCUGAACUAUUGACCCUGACACCAAAGAUUCCAAUGGAUCAAAUGUGCUACACGAUAACUCGUGCUUGGAUUGGCCCAACGCCAGGACACGUGGCACUUUUUCAUGCUUACCUGCGCCAGACAGAGCAAGAAUCGUGGAAGGAGAUAAAAUAUUUGAGCCGCCAAAAAACGCUCAGACCUGCACAUCGAUCGAUGCUUGUCGACUGGCUGAUUGAAGUCGUGGACGUGUUUGAGAUGUGUCUUAGAACAGCUUUUUUGGCAGUGAACUAUACCGAUCGUUAUUUGGAUAUUGUUAUGGUGAAAAAAACGCAGUUUCAGCUACUUGGUGCUACCUGCUUACACGUCGCUUCUAAGUGUGAAGACGUAUCAUAUAUCGGAGUGGAAGACCUUGCAAUGUGCGCCGAUAACGUCUACACAUCUGUGGAAGUUUUGGAGAUGGAAGAAAAGUUGUUGAACACUCUUAAUUUUACCCUUUCGGUACCCACUGCGCUGGACUUUUUAAAUAUCUACGAGCGCAUGAUUCCGCCUAUUCAAAAGAAAACGUCUAUGCUGGCGCAUUAUUUGCUGGAAUUGGCGCUACAAGAGUACCAGUUUUUGAAAUAUUUGCCAUCAAAGGUGGCGGCAUGCUGCCUUUCAAUGGCGAUGUACACGAUUGAUGGGUUCCCAAUGACGAAGGAACUGGUGGAUGCUUGCCAGUACGAGUGGCCGGAUCUGAGAGAGUGUAUGGGUGAGCUUCAGACACUGUACUCCAAUUCACCAUCAAACAGUCUAGCCGUGAUUAAAAAGCGCUAUUCAAAAGCAGAGCGGUGCCAAGUAGCAAAUGUGCUCCCUCCAACGUCAUUCAGUGAGUAA